GGUCUGGAGCCACCAGCAGGGCUGAUAAAGUCUCCUGGGUAGGGGCUAGGAGGGGCAGACUGACGCUGGCUGGCUGGGGGUUCACACGCACGGGAGCUGCACCCGGGGGAGGACAGACCGAGAACAUUGUCCUCGUGAGAACAUGGCCGAGGCAGAAGCAGCGCAGCUGAAGGAGGAGGGGAACCGGCAUUUCCAGCUCCAGGACUACAAGGCCGCAGCAAAGAGCUAUAGCCAAGCCCUGAAGCUGACCAAGGAUAAGGCCCUCCUGGCCACGCUCUAUCGGAACCUGGCAGCCUGUGGCCUGAAAACGGAGAGCUAUGCUCAGGCGGCUUCAGAUGCCUCGAGAGCCAUCGACAUCAACUCCUCGGACAUCAAGGCUCUGUAUCGGCGAAGCCAGGCACUGGAGCACCUGGGGGAGUUGGCCCAGGCCUUCAAGGAUGUGCAAUGCUGUGCCACCCUGGAGCCACAGAACCCGAACUUCCAGGAGACACUGAGGAGGCUCAACGCCAGCAUCCAGGAGAAGCUCCGUGUGCAGUACUCCACAGACUCGAGGGUACAGAACAUGUUUGAGAUUCUCCUGGACAGAAACAGUGAAGCUGAUAAGCUGGAGAAGGCGGCCAGAAACCUCAUUGUCCUCAGCCGUGAGGAAGCAGGGGCCGAGAGGAUCUUCCAGAACAACGGUGUGGCCCUGUUGCUGCAGCUUUUGGACACUAAGAGGCCAGAGCUGAUGUUGGCUGCAAUACGGACCCUGUCGGGCAUGUGCAGUGGCCACCGAGCUAGGGCCACAGCGAUUCUCCACGCAGUCCGGAUAGACCGAAUCUGCAGCCUCAUGGCCGUGGAGAAUGAGGAGCUGCCUCUGACCGUCUGCAACCUGCUCCAGGCCAUCAUCGACUCUCUGUCUGGGGAGGACAAGCGAGAGCAUCGAGGGACGGAAGAGGCCCUGGUUCUGGACACCAAGAAGGACCGGAAGCAGAUCACCAACCACCUGCUUGACAUGCUGGUCAGUAAGAAGGUGUCUGGCCAGGGCAGGGAUCAGGCCCUGAACCUGCUCAGUAAGAACGUCCCCAGGAAGGACCUCGCCAUUCAUGACAACUCACACACCAUCUAUGUAGUGGAUAACGGCCUGAGGAAGAUCCUGAAGGUAGUGGGGCAGGUUCCAGAUCUGCCGUCCUGCUUGCCCCUGACUGACAACACCCGAAUGCUGGCCUCUAUCCUCAUCAACAAGCUCUACGACGACCUGCGCUGUGACCCGGAGCGGGAUAACUUCCGCAAGAUCUGCGAGGAGUACAUCACGGGCAAGUUUGACCCCCAGGACAUGGACAAGAAUGUGAUUGCCAUCCAGACGGUGUCAGGGAUCCUGCAGGGCCCCUUUGACCUGGGCAAUCAGCUGCUGGGACUGAAAGGAGUGAUGGAGAUGAUGGUGGCUCUGUGUAGCUCAGAGCGUGAGACGGACCAGCUGGUGGCCGUGGAGGCCCUCAUCCAUGCCUCCACCAAGCUCAGCCGUGCCACAUUCAUCAUCACCAACGGCGUGUCACUGCUCAAAAAUAUCUACAAGACCACCCAAAACGAGAAGAUCAAGAUCCGCACGCUGGUGGGACUCUGUAAACUUGGCUCUGCAGGAGGCACAGACUAUGGUCUCAGGCAGUUUGCAGAAGGGUCGACAGAGAAGCUGGCCAAACACUGCCGCAAGUGGCUGUGCAACACGUCCACAGACACCCAGACCCGGCGAUGGGCAGUGGAGGGCCUGGCCUACCUCACGCUGGACGCCGACGUGAAGGAUGACUUUGUUCAGGACAUCCCUGCCCUGCAGGCCAUGUUGGAGCUGGCCAAGACCCCUGACAAGACCAUCCUGUACUCGGUGGCCACCACCCUGGUGAACUGUACCAACAGCUACGACGUCAAGGAGGUCAUCCCUGAGCUGGUGCAGCUGGCCAAGUUCUCCAAGCAGCACGUGCCCGAGGAGCACCCCAAGGACAAGAAGGACUUUGUGGACAAGCGGGUGAACCGGCUUCUGAAGGCCGGCAUCAUCUCAGCGCUGGCCUGCAUGGUGAAAGCAGACAAUGCCAUCCUCACUGACCAGACCAAAGAGUUGCUGGCCAGGGUAUUCCUGGCACUGUGUGACAACCCAAAGGACCGAGGUACCAUUGUGGCUCAAGGUGGUGGCAAGGCCCUGAUUCCCCUGGCUUUAGAGGGCACAGACGUGGGCAAGGUGAAGGCAGCCCAUGCUCUAGCGAAGAUCGCUGCAGUCUCCAAUCCAGACAUCGCCUUCCCUGGGGAGCGGGUGUACGAGGUGGUGCGGCCCCUUGUGAGACUCCUGGACACACAGAGGGAUGGGCUCCAGAACUACGAGGCUCUCCUAGGCCUCACCAACCUGUCUGCGCGGAGUGACAAACUCCGGCAGAAGAUCUUUAAGGAGAAGGCCUUGCCAGAUAUUGAGAACUACAUGUUUGAGAACCAUGACCAGCUGCGGCAGGCAGCCACCGAGUGCAUGUGCAACAUGGUGGUGAGCAAGGAGGAGGAAAACCUGAUCCAUGAGAGCCUUUUAAAGUCAAAAGAAGUAAAGCUACCACAGUCCAUCAGGGAGCUGGCCUGAGGCUGGGCUGGGGGCCUGGCAGCCACGUGGGAGAAGAGAGUGUAUCCAAAGACAGCGGAGGGGAGAGUGAUGGGAUGGGGAGCAGCCUCCCCGGCGGGGAGCACCAGCUGCCACAACAACCCGAAUCAAAAUGAACAGUGGUCCCAACAGGAAAGAAGUUCAUUUCUCACUCACAUCAUUUCUCGCUCACGUUGGGAUCAGGUGGCUCGCUUCCAAGCAAUGACUUAGGGAUGCAGCCAUCUUCAAUCAUCAAUAACUAUACCCCCCCUCCAAAAAAAGAACUGUCUCUCCCUCUGCCACCUUGAGAGUGGUCUCCAUUCAGAUGGGGAAUGGGGAGACAGACCACAGGAGAGACCCCUGUAGCGCUCCACUAUGGUGGCCUGGAAGUGACACACAUUACAUCCAUUCAUGUUCUGUAAUGAGAAUGAGGUCAUGGCCGUAUUUAGUGCAAGAGAUGGGGAAUGCAGUCCUUUUGGGACAGCUGCUUUCCAGUCACACCUGUGCCCCGUGAGGGGACUGCGCUGACUGUCAGUAUACUCUUACCUCUGAGGACCACUGCUCCAGCUUCAGGGAGUUGUAGGUAGAGGUUUAUAACCUGGGCAGCUGUGACCUUUGACCCCUCUUGGCGUUCCCCUUCUAGGACACCUCACCCAACAAAAUGCCCUUAAAUUUAACCAACCAGAUUUUACUAUAGAGCAGAGGGGUGGGGAGGGUCAGUGUGCUUUCAGACAUGUCAGGGCCCUGGGCCCCGGGAGGCUCUUCUCCUGGCUUUUGGGUGCUUGGGAAGCCUCAUCCCUCACCUGGUGAAUGGUACAGCAGCUCUUGAGUACCAUGUAAACUACCCAACUGUCUACUGCUCUUGCCAAGCCUCUGUGCCUUCAGGGACUGCAAAGUCAUUUAACGGCAGACCCUGAAGGCCCAUCCGUUGUGGGAGAAACAGUCCAGGCUUCCCCAAAGGGAAGUGAAACAUGGCUCUUCAGGCAACAUCUACCCUUCAGAAGUCUGUGCCUGCCCUUUCCCCAGGGGUUGGAGCGCUGAAUGCAAACAGAGGCGACAGCGAAUGCUAUACAAGGAACCCCUUAUUCUCUUUAACCUUUUAGCUGGAGGACUCUGUAGCACGGUCAUCUAGCUAGUCAGAGAAGACUUCCUGGAGGAGGAGGUGUCAUGGGUGAGCUGCUCAGAGAGAAGCUCUGAGGGAUCUUGGGUCAGAGAAUAUGGCUCCAGAUGCAUCUUUCCCUCUCCAGGCUGGGCAGGUGGGGGCAUUUUU